AGUACUUUUAUUGGAGUACCGUGUUUUCUAUUCUUCUGAAUUUGUGUUUGGUUUGGUCUCAGUCUUUCUACCAGACUUUCCCUCUUCUCUCUCCACUUUCGCUCCCUUUUCCUUCCUUCCUUCCGCUCGCCAUGGUCCAAGUCGCUGCUGCUGCUGCUGCGUCGUCCGCCGAGCCGUCCGCCAGCCCUGCUGAGGUUGAAGCGCAGCGGCUCGCGACAAUGUGCGCCAACGAGAUCGUCGCACGUGGACUGGGGUUUCCCGCCUCCGCCAUUGUCGUCCCGGCGUCAAUCCCAAAGGACCUCUCAGCGCUGUUUGUCCAGCGCGUCGUCUACCUCAUGAAGCAGAACGAGAAGCUGGCUGCGUCGACGGUCAAUGGGGCAACCUUCUUCACUCCUGCUGCAAUUCCCUCAGUCGCAGUCGCUCCUGCUGCUGCUGCUGCUAGUACUCCAGCGCAACCCCCGCCGCCGAAGCUCAACCUCGAGGCAAUCGCACAGAAGCUCGCAAAGGAGUACAUUGCACAAGUGCUCGCCGGGAAGGCGUUCCAGUCCAGUCAGAUUGCCCCUCCGCCUUCGUUGUCUGAGCCGGAGCGAAAGAGCUUCCGGCUCCGUGUCAUCUUCUUGAUGCAAAGCGAUGCACGCAUCGCUCACACGCCGAUGGGUGGAGCGUGCACCUUCUCGCCGAAGCCAGGCGCUGUCGCUCGAGCUGCUUCCGGUGCACCUUCCACUGUCACAGCCCCAACGUACAAUGGCUCCUUCGCAGGGCCAUCCGAAGUCCCACAGUCGCCCGCCAAGCCAGUCAUGCCAGCCAUGCCAGUCACGCCAGUCACGCCAGCUUCUGCAGGCAAAAAGGCGCGUCCAGCGAUUGUGGUUGCCACGACAGACGCUUCUGUCGAUGUCCGAACGUAUGACGAGGUCAUUCAACGCGGUGGCAUCUAUGAGGACGCUAGCAACGGCACAGAAGGUGUCGUGCCAAGCCACAACGUAUUCAACCCUUCGGCUGGCAUGCUGCCCUCAGCGGGUCCCCCGCUCACGCUCGAACAAAAGCUGACUCGCCACUUCUUUGACUCUCCCGUGGCCGCGCCUUCGCAGAAGAAGAUUGGCUUUGUGCUCGGAGACCGCAUGAGCGCUCGCCAGCAGUUUGCCGAAGCGGCCUACCUCGGCAUGCACCGGCCGAAUCGCACGGCGAACGACCAGGGCGAGAAUGUCGACGAAACUCCCGAAGAAGGUGCCAAUGAAAUCUUUCUCAACACUCACGAGCCCUUUUGUCUCGUGGCAGUGGGCGUGCAGGGUGCUGGCAAGAGCCACACCAUGUCGGUCGUUCUUGAAAAUUGUCUCGUGCCGAAUCCUCACCCCGCAGGUCGAGAGAUUGUUCGGCUCAACCGCCCCAUGGCAGGGCUGGUUUUGCACUAUGAUCAGAAUACUGCGAGCGUGUGCGAGGCGACCGGGUUGAUUUCGCCCGAUCCUUCUCUCCAAAUCUCGGCGCUUCCUCGCGACAAGCUAGUAGUCCUCGUUUCCCCGAGCUACUACCACCAGCGUCGCAAGUUCUAUGGCGCGUACUGCACGGUGAAGCCGCUCUUGUUCCGCUGGAGCACGCUCUCCGCCGAUCACAUCAAGAAGCUGAUGCGCAUCAAGGACACUGACAGCCAGCUUUACGUCUCUUCGAUGUUGGACUUGCUGCGUCGUUAUCAGCGCGAUAACAAAACGCCUGACUUCCAAGGGUUUAUGGAGCAGGUGCGCGAAAAGUGCCAGCUCCCAGGGCAAGGCGGUGCCCUCGAACAACGCGCUUCGUUUUUGGAGGCCAUGGUGGCCGAAAGCAGUUUAAACCAAGACCUACGCGCGAGUGGCGCAGAUCUCUUGCAGUGCAUUGCUCCCGGUAGCCUUGUGGUCGCUGAUCUGACCGAUCCGCUUCUGUCGCGGGACGAGGCGAACGGCAUCUUCCAAGUGCUCACCGAGCAAUUCCGCACGGCCCACGUCUCUGGCGGCAAGAUUCUUGCGUUGGACGAGGCGCACAAGUUCAUGAACGGUCUCUCGACGGACGGCCUCAGCAAUGCCAUUGUCGAUGCGGCACGCCUGAUGCGCCACGACGGCAUGCGCGUGAUUGUGUCGACGCAGUCGCCGAAGGCGCUUGCUCCCGAGCUGCUCGAGCUUGUAUCGGUAGCAAUGCUGCAUCGCUUCCAUUCGCACGACUGGCUGACCUAUCUCGACGCCAAGCUGCCGCUCGGUGACUUGAAGUUUGAGCAAAUUAUGGAUUUGCCGCCAGGCUCCGCCCAAGUGAUUGUCAAUCGUCAUUUGAUCGAGCAGGCCCAAGGCCAGCACCAACUUUGCGUGGCUGUUCGUCCUCGCAUGACUGCUGAUCGAGGCUCCUCUCGUGUCAACCGAGCAUGAGGAUGGCAGUUUGCUGCGAUUUUUGUUUGGUUUCUUGUGUACAAUCUUGUCUCCCCCCUCCCCUUCCC